AAUUACAAAGAAAGCAAGAUUAGAUUUGGUGAUUUUUAUAUUGAUAGUUUGGUAUUUUGCAUAGCAACAAAAAAAAUCAUAUUUUGACGUAUAACACUUAACCUAUAAAAAACGUUAUGUUGCAAAGCCUAAGGAAAAAUAGUAAUAAACAAGAUUUGGUAAGUUUAAUGUUAAAAAUUUGGUAUUAGCUGGUGAGCUCCAAAGUGGUGCUUUCACAGGUGUCGGUGCGCAUGCGCAUCACCUCCGCACAGAUAUAAACAUAUGUACGGGGCAUACGUCACGGACGCGUCACCAAAAUUUGUAGAACUCACGCUGCGAACUGUUAUUCGUGGCCACAUCAUUUUAAAAGAAUCAUCAGAAUGGAGUUAGUAAAUAAUAUAAUUAAUAACCAACUGGUGUUAUGUAUUCCGGUAGCGUUGGUUCUGGUAGGGGCAGUGCUUGUGUUUGCAUUCGGUUUUAAAUCGGCUGAACAACCACCGUUCGAAAAAAUCGCGUCCAUAGUCACAGAUGAUCGGAAAACGUCCGGCAAAAAGCGAAAACCAAAAGAAAAGAAACCCACGUUAAACGGACACGUGGUAAAUACUGAGACAAAAUCGGAGAAAUCCUCACCUUCAAAAGAGGCGAAAAAACUCAAAGAAUCCGAACAAAAGAAAACUGAAACUCCAAAACAAGAAAAGAAAAAACCGGAAACUGUAAAACCCAAAAUUGAAUCUAAAAAAGUUACCAAAUCUAAAGCUGUUAAUGAAAAACCCGUCGAUUUUGAUGAAGGAGAUUGGGAAACUGUACCAACAAAGGGGGAUAAGAAGAAAAAACAGGAUAGCCCUGUUAAAAAAGAAAAUAAAAAGGUUAAAAAAAUUAAUGAAAUAGAAAUUACCAAAGAAACUGAUAUUGAAAAGAAAAAUCAAGUUGAAAAGAAAGAUCAAGUUGAGAAAAAGGACACUUUUGAAAAAAAAGAAAUUCCUGCAAAGAAAGAAGUUGUAGUUGAGCCGGAAGUUAAACAAAUCAUUGAAGUUGUUGCUGUUGAAGAGAAAAAAGAAAAGAAAGAUAAGAAAAAGAAAGAAAUUCCAAAGGUGGAAAAAACUGAAACUCCUAAAGCAACUAAAACUGUUGCUCCUCCUCCGAUUGAUCCUGAAGUUCCUGUUGAAAAACCCCAACCUGCUACUAAAGAAGAAACUAAUGGUGGUGUUGCCUUUGAUGAAUUAGGAGAUGUUUGGACAGAAGCGAAGGGUCAAAAGAAAAGCAAAAAGAAGUCGCGCAGGGAUAAUUAAAAAAAAAAUUAAAAGAUUUUGAUGGGGACAUACACUACAAGUCCCAGACCAGAGGUCAGGUAUAUAAAAUGCAAUCAUUCGCGCGUCAAGAGACACCAGAUCUCAGUGUAAAGUAUAUUAAACUAAAAAAAAGACUUACAACAGUAGCUUAUACAAUAAAAAAAAACUGAAUCCGCGUUUACAAACAAAAAGAAAACCCGCAACGCAUCACCCUUAAAAAAAAAAAACGUCCUUUGGGUGGCCCGUGGCGUGUUUUCAAUUUGUAAUCCUUGCAAAAAAAAAGCAGCAAGACACGUUUUGCAUUCCAAACCAUAAACAAAACCUCUUAAUUGAUAUAAUAAAGAGCGAAAAAGAGAAAGGAUGUGGGUGGAUUAAGGUGGGAGGGACAGAAUUGAGAGCCUACAAUUUUUAAUAUUCGUGCCAAUGUGAUUUUUAUUUUAAAAGUUAAGAAAGGUAAAAGUGAAGCUAAAAAAUUAUAAAAACGCGAAAUAAAUUUUACUAAUAAAACUAUCCAAUGAAAACAAUGGCCUUAUGUCUUUUAUGGUGUUGAGUAUAUUUGCGGAGAAUAGAAGAGAAUAUUUUUACUAGCGUCUAUUUUGCUAAAAGAAAAAGAAAAAACGAGCAAAUAUUAAGUAGAUUAAUGUCUUCCAUUGCCUUUUUGUAUUUAAAAAAAUUCUUUUGUUAUUUUUUUAAACGUUUUAUUAAUUUGUUUUUUAUACCUUAUUAUUAGUACUUUUAAAUUCUUUUUAAGAAUUACUCACGGUUCUCUAAAUGGUUAUAAGUCACUUUAUUUAGUUGUAUUAAAAAUUUAUUAAUUGAUCUGCGUAUAAUUAGAACUUUACAUAAACUUAGAUUAUGCAGUAAUAAAGAUUAAAUGGAGUUAAAGAUAAAAUGAGAAAGCGUAUUAACACCCUUUUUUUAUGAAAUUGUUAAAGAUAAAACAAGAACAAGGUAUAAGGAGCAUUAAGUGUUGAGAUAAAAAAGAUUUAUUUUGAAUGCAUUAAAAUAAUAUACCCGCCAGUACAAUUGAGAUUGUUAUUGAUAAAAAUAGGAUGAGGAAUGCAUAUUUUUUCUUUCAUACUGCGAAAAUUUAUUUUUAAUGAGUUUAUAAAUACAGCAAGUUUUCUAAUCUAUUUCUUAAAUCUCCGCAGCAGCUCACUAAGUACAAUAAUUAUUAUCACAACAUCACCACUCAUAUUUUUACUUUUUUACUGUUUUUAGACUCAGGCUUUAUUCGUCUUAUUUCAUUUUUCAUUGAAUCUGAAUAAUUUUGAUGUUCCUUUCUGUUGCUCUCUCCCUGUUGGGUUACUUAAUAUCAGCAUUCGAUUUAUCAGUUCUUUGAUAAGAAAGCUAUCUUAAGUUACAAACCUCAUUUCUUGCUAAUUUCGUAUUUAGUUUCAUAUAAGAGUAAAAAGAUUAACUUUACCACCAUGGGAUUGACAAAGAGUGCUUCUUAUUCACAUCAUUGCUUUUCAUGUAAUUUCACGAAAUUGGGAUGUAACACAAACAUCUUAUGAAAUAAAUUAACUUUCUCAAAAUUCAUCUGACUCCAUCGUCACAAUAAGAUGUGACUUACCACCAUUUAGAGUACCCAUUUCUAUCUUGUUUCUUAGUAAUGCGUCAAAAAAUAACUUAUUGAUCAAAAUUAUUGGAAUUGUGGGUGUGAUUUGUAAAAAUAAGUACAGGGUUGUUUUCCUGUGCGUAUUUUCUUGUAUAAAAUUGUGCAAUAAAUUUAAUUUUUUCAUUAAAACAUA